GCUGUUGUGGCACGAGCCGAGGUCACUCUUUUCUGAGAGUAACAAGCAGUGUCAUGCUGGGAGGCUGGCUGGACCCAAGGCUAACAGGAUUUCUUCUUUGUGAUUCGGAGGAGGGUAGUUUAGUAGUUGGUCGCGAGGCGUGCGCAGGGGCGCUCUCCAGGACAUGGCUCUCACACUCCUUCGGGGGCCACAUGUUAUCUUCCUUCUGCUGUUACCGCUGCGCUUCUGGCUGUUUGUUUGCGCGCUGGAGAUGAUUGACCAAGACGCACCUGAACUCACCUGUAGCGAGGGUGUGACUGACUGCCACGUGAGCUCAGUCUCUCCGUACCCUGCUGUCCUGCUUGAUCCAACCGAUACAGCCGACGCUACGCAUAUGCAGCUUAAAGUGAUGCUGUGCUGUUCAGCCGCACAAGACUGUGAACCUUGCCUGCAAAUCAUUAUCACUGUCCAAGAAGUGGAUAAUACAAGGGAGGUUUCUGAGGAAUCCGGUGAACGUACUGAGGAAGAUGAGUUGUUCGGCAUGAAUCAAAUGGCAGAUGGAAGUGGUAAUAUUGUUCCCCUUGAACCAAGAGCUUUGAGAGUUUGUCUGAGCUCCCCGGGCACCACUGAAAUUUGGAAGACACUGGAAUUUAAACUAAGCCACUCCAGUUUAGUCCAAGCUUCUCAACAGCUCACACAUAAGGAAGUUAAUACUGGGCAGAAAAUGCAGCUGCUGUUGACAGAGAAAGUGAUGUUUGGCAGUCCUGUUGUGGUCCAGGUCUACGCACAUCCAACAUACCACAUCCAAAAUGUCACAAUCCCGUCUUUAGAAGAAGUUUGCUCCAUGGACCUAGAGAUGGCUGUAAAGGACUGUGAUGCUCCCAGACUCCGAGCUGAGACUGAUCAUAAGAGAAACGUGGUCGUCCUCCAUCUGGAAAACACUAAUGCCACACAAGAUGAUCUCAUGUGCCAGAUAAUGAGGAAUGAAAUGCCUGGACAGAUUCUUGAAUGGCCCAAAGGCAAGAGAGAAAUUAUCAUCUCGUCAAACUUGGUUGCCCCAUGCCUGUGCUUCCAGGUGCGGUGGAAGGGAAAAGCAUUUCGGAGAGAAUUCUGCCCUUUCAAGAAUCAACAAGAUGCACUUGAAAGAAUGCAGCACAAUGUGUCUGUGUCCAUGGAGGAGUUUCAAAUGAGGGAGGGUGGCACAGGGCUGAGCUGGAAUGUGACUGCCCCCUGCAGACUGGAGGCAGAGGUGUGGCUGUGCAAGAAAGAUGUGGCAGGAGGCCAGUGUGAAGAGGUGAUGGGCUCCAGACAGAGACUGCACAGCCAUGCAGGCUGGAGUGCAACGCACAAUGGACACUGGAAAACAGGAGAAUUCAAUGUGUCAUCACAUCCUCUGCUUUGUGUUCAGAUAAAGAUACAUGGGAUGAAGUCAUACUUAGAGCCCCAGUGUCUGUUUGCAACAUCUCGCUGGAGAUGGAGCCUGCCACUCCUCAUCGGAUUACUGCUGAUGUGUCUGGCCAUACUAGGAGCCUAUUUUAUACAAGGGGUCCUGAAAGGCUAUGUGUGGAGAUGGUUGAAAGAAGAUGACGUUAAAGGUGCAGUGGGUGGUGGUCAUGUGGUUUUGCUGUACCCACCUGAUGAUGACCAGGUUUUGCCAGAGCUGAUGUGUCACCUGGGCUCAUCCCUCCAGGCCCUCGGUUUCGGUGUGUCCCUAGACCUGUGGAGCCAGACUGAGCUCAGCGUACUGGGCCCCGUGCCUUGGCUCCACUCAAGACUGGACCGAUUGAAAAAGCAGGGGGGCAAAGUGGUGCUAGUCCUAACCCAGGCCACCUGGAUAAGGGCUGAAGAAUGGGGAGCUCGGAGCUGGGAGAAGAACAGAGACAGAGAGAAAGAGGAGGCAGGAAGGAGCUACCCCGCUUCUUCUCCCUGUGUUGAUGUCUUUAGUGCUUCGUUGAGCUGCAUUCUAGCGGACUAUUUACAGGGCCGUGCUGGUGAGCGGUUUAUGUUGGUACAGUUUGAAUCACUUCCACCUGAGCCUCCAGGUGGUUUACGGCCGCUGCCAGAACUUUUCCGUGGCCUUCAUGUCUACAGCCUCCCCUCCCAGAGCCUGGGUUUUCUGACUGAACUGGCUGGGGCUCGGCAAAUGGCCACGGCAUCAGCCAGGCGGAAGAGGGCAGGGGGGCUCAGGGUGGCAUCCCGAGCUCUGGCAAGAGGGCUGUCAGGGUUCACAGCAGGGACAACUGUGCUACGCCUUGCAGGGGUGUCCCAGAGUUGUGUUGGCGUAGGAGUAGAGGACUGUGGGGAAAUGGUGCCGUUGCAGCCAUGCCUAAUUACGCCUCCCUCCAGCCCUGACACAAGCCCUAAGGUCAAUGAAAUGGACUGGGUCUGACAGCAGGACCAAGCUUCAGUUUUCGGAUGAGCAGCCAGUAAUGACUUGAAAGAUCCUGAAGUGAUAUGGUGAGACACUCAUAAAAAUCAGUAUCAGUUUUCAGCCUUUGCAUUUGCUGGUCUAAACAUCUGGGGUCUAGUAGCUGUCAAAAAAGGGGUUUGGCAGCAGAAACAGUCGCUUGUUUUUCAAAUAUGAGCAGGGCUGUUAUUGCUUGAGCUGUUGCCGCUCCGGAGAAAUUAAAGAGCACAACGUUAAAACCUCACACUAAUUCAAAAAGAAAAUUCAAGGAAAAACAUGACACAGAUUAGUUACACAGUGGUCUGUGGUGAAUGUAUUUCAAAACCAGCACGGCUUAGCAGACGACUAAAAUUACAUUACAAUACAAAAAGAGGAUCUUAGUGAAGCAAAUUGCUCUUUUGUGUUGGUUCUGACCCUACAGCUGUUUUUCAGUCUUAAGCCACGUGUGUGUUUAUUUACUAGUAUUUGCAACCUGCAUGCCAUUGUAUUAAAUAUAAAAGCCCUGAGACACACAAAGAAAAAUAAUUAAACUAAAAUAAGCUAUUGCCGUUUGUAUAUUCAUUUGCUUUGUGGGCAUGCUGAGUCCGUUUUAUACUGUGUUUUGUCUUCACUGUUUAGUGGGAUUGAAUAAAGAACGUUUCUUGAA